AAAAAGAUGAGGUCAGGUAGGAGGACUAUAAAAGCUCAGCUUAAAUUCAACAAAACAAGGACUUAAUGACAGUCUAUAGGCCUGAUGUAGAAGAUGAGGGAUGCACAGAAAUCGCUCUGUGAAGUAUUUGACUAAAACAGCAGGAUGCAUGCCUGGGAGUCCUAAGGGGGGCAUAUAUAUAAAGGAAGCAACAUUUCAGAAUUCAACAUGAUGCCGAAGUUGCAGGCGAGUUUGGGAUGUUUAUACCUCCUCUGCUGCAUCUGCUUGACCGAGUCCCGGCAGCUGAAGUUUGUUGUCGCUGUGUUCCGACACGGCGAUCGAUCGCCUAUUGAGUCAUACCCCAGGGAUCCACAUGGAGAGGACGUGUGGGCUCAGGGUUUCGGACAGCUCACUGAGCUGGGCAUGAAACAGCAGUUUGAGCUGGGGAGAUAUCUACGCAGGCGCUAUGGAAACCUUCUUGGUGAGGACUACAACAACAAAGAGUUAUAUGUCCGGAGCACUGACUACGACCGGACUCUGAUGAGUGCCCAGGCCUGCCUCGCUGGGAUGUUCCCCCCAACCAGACGUCCGCCUCCCAUUAUGCCCCAGUUACUGUGGCGUCCAAUUCCAGUGCACACCGUCCCCAGGGCCCAGGAUAAGCUGUUGAGGUCGCCAGGCAAAGACUGUCCAAGGUUCAGAGCUUUGAUGACAGAGACCUUUGAGAGUGUCCCUUACCAGAGGUUCCUCCGGGCUCACCAGAACUUUGUGGAGGGGCUUUCCAACCACACCGGCUACCCCGUGUCCAGACUGGUUGGAAAAAAAAUUUGGAGGGUUUACGACACCCUCACCUGUCAGAGGAUCCAUAACUUGACUCUCCCUCGCUGGGCCAACCAUGAAGUUCUGAACACCCUGAGGAGGAUAGCAUCCUUUGAGGUCACAUACAGCAUGCUCAGUCACAAGCGAAAAGAGAAGUCCAGGCUCUCGGGAGGGGUGUUGCUAAACGCCAUCCUGAGGAAUUUCUCCAAUGCUAUGGAGCAUGGCAGUGCGCUCAAAUUCAUUAUGUACUCAGCUCAUGACUCCACACUCAUCACCCUCCAGGCAGCUCUGGACAUCUACAACGGGCUCCUUCCUCCCUACGCUGCUUGUCAACUCUUUGAGUUCUACCAGGAGUAUGAUGGAUCCUAUUCAGUGGAGCUGCAUUACCGUAAUGAAUCCUUGUCCGACCCCUACCCCAACCCUUUGCCGGGAUGCAACGGGCUGAACCUCUGCCCUUUGUCCACGUUCACCGAGCUGGUGCGGGAUGUGAUGCCGGAAGAAUGGGAUGUCGAGUGUGGCUUUAGGACAAAGUGGUCAAGCACAGGUAUCAUCACAACUCUUGCAGUGGCAGUGGGCCUCCUGGCAGUGGCGCUGUUGUUCAGCGUAGGGGUGGCAGUCCACAGACGGAGAGCAAACUACUCCAGGGAUGUUUAGUGCAGAGAACCACCACAUAUGUGCCAAUAAUAACAGAAGC